CCCAAGACACCCACCAUGAAAUACUUUGCUAUCUGCGCUCUGCUCAUUCUCCCGCUGGUCAGCGGCAGCGUCGUGCCCCAGACCAGGAACUUCGUGUACGAGAUAAACCGUCUGCCCACCCCAUCUGAUCUGAAAGCCAUUGCCGAGCAGGUUCAGGCCGUGAUGCAGAACUUGGCCCGGGAUAGUGCUGAAUUGAUUCCGGACAUGUCCAUGCUCAGCGAUGCUGAUGACACCCCCAAGCGGACUUACUUUGGUCAGAAGAGGGCCCCAAUAGCCAAGUUUCUUGGAGAAGUUGGCAGUGCCGAUGCCGAUCUCAUUCCCGACAUUUCUGUGGCCUCCGAUGCCGAUGACACCCCCAAGAUGGCCAUCGCUGGCUUGAAGACUCUUCUCAAGUUCGCCAAGGUUUCCGGAGCCGAGGCUGUGGCGCCCCAGGCUGAUGCUGAUUUGAUCCCAGACAUCUCCGUGGCCUCCGAUGCCGAUGACACCCCCAAGAUGGCCAUCGCUGGCUUGAAGACUCUUCCCAAGCUCGCCAAGGUCUCCGGAGCCGAGGCGGUGGAGCCCCAGGCCGAUGCUGAUUUGAUCCCAGACAUCUCCCUGGCCUCCGAUGCCGAUGACACCCCCAAGAAGGCCAUCGCUGGCUUGAAGACUCUUCCCAAGGUCGCCAAGGUCUCCGGAGCCGAUGCGGUGGAGCCCCAGGCCGAUGCUGAUCUGAUCCCAGAUAUUUCCGUGGCCUCCGAUGCCGAUGACACCCCCAAGAAGGCAAUCGCUGGCUUGAAGACUCUUCUCAAGUUCGCCAAGGUUUCCGGAGCCGAGACUGUGGAGCCCCAGGCUGAUGCUGCUUUGAUCCCAGACAUCUCCGUGGCCUCCGAUGCCGAUGACACCCCCAAGAAGGUCAUCGCUGGCUUGAAGACUCUUCCCAAGGUCGCCAUGGUUUCCGGAGCCGAGGCGGUGCAGCCCCAGGCCGAUGCUGAUUUGAUCCCAGAUAUUUCCGUGGCCUCCGAUGCCGAUGUCACCCCCAAGAAGGCCAUCGCUGGCUUGAAGAAUCCUCGACAGGUUCCAGAUAUGUCUGUUGCCUCUGAUGCUAUUGAGACUCCCGAGAAGAAUUCGCUGAAGACACCUGUCCAGGUCCCCGAGAUUAAGGCUGACAGUCCUGAUGUGGACCUCAUCCCCGACAUCUCCGUGGCCAGCGAUGCUGACUUCAAUCCCAAGGCCUCCCUUGCCGCCCUCCUGGCCGAGCGUCUCCAGAAGAAGCUCCACUAACUGACAUCAGAUUCUGGUCAAAACCCAAAAUAUUAAUCAAUAUCUCUCUGGUUGUGUGUAUUUGUGUUCUUAAGUUUUUAUGAUUGCCAUUAAUCAAUUUGAGCAGCACUGGA